GCCGAGGACAAUUUGCUUGGGAAAUCCUCGAAGCCCAAGGAUUUGUCCUGUGUUCACAUUUUUUCUUUCCAAAAAUCGGCUCCGAGGAGAGGUGGAAUGGCGAUGAAGUCCUUGGAGUCGUGUCCCCGAGGAGUGUCUAACGAGGCCCUUAGAGCAGCGGGGGAGGAGGAGGAGACGGCGGCGGCGGCGGCGGCGGCGGCGGAGGAGGAGGAGGAGGAGGAGGAGGAGGAGGAGGAGAUGUCUCGCCAGACGGCCCUGCAGGUCAAAUCGAAGACGCUAAACGACAAAUAUCUCUUAGGAGAUGAAAUCGGGAAGGGCGCAUAUGGCAGGGUGUAUAAAGGUGUUGAUUUGCAGAAUGGGGAUUUCGUUGCAAUCAAACAAGUGUCGCUGAAGAACAUACCGUCCGACGAUCUCUCCGGCAUUAUGCAGGAGAUCGACCUUUUGAAGAACCUGAACCAUAGGAAUAUUGUGAAAUACUUGGGGUCCUUUAAGACGAAGUCACACCUCUACAUUGUCUUGGAGUACGUGGAAAACGGCGCUCUUGCGACUAUAAUCAAGCCCAACAAGUUCGGCGCCUUCCCGGAGUCCCUCGUCUCCGUCUACAUCGCGCAGGUUCUCGAAGGUCUGGUCUAUCUCCACGAGCAGGGUGUCAUCCAUCGCGACAUUAAGGGCGCCAACAUCCUCACCACCAAGGAGGGGAUCGUCAAGCUGGCGGACUUCGGCGUCGCUACUAAACCCGCCGAAGCUGAGGCCCAACCCCAUUCCGUUGUCGGCACCCCCUAUUGGAUGGCCCCUGAGGUAAUCGAGAUGUCCGGCGUGAGUGCUGCCUCCGACAUCUGGAGUGUCGGCUGCACUGUUAUCGAGCUCCUGACCGGCGUCCCCCCCUAUUACGAUCUCCAGCCGAUGCCUGCCCUGUUCAGAAUCGUUCAGGAUGAACACCCUCCUCUCCCCGAGAAUGCGACUAAGUUGUUGUCCGAGUUCCUACUGCAGUGUUUUCACAAAGACGCCAAACUCCGACCCGAUGCGAAGACUCUGCUCAAGCAUCCGUGGAUACGCAAAUCUAGGCGCCAGCUCCAGGACACGUGGCGGCAAACUGGAGGCUUGAAGCGGCGGAUGAGUGAACACGUGGCUCCGGUCGUCGAACGGACGUUCGAGGAAGGAGAGCGCGAGGAGACCUCCUCCUCUGUGAGCAUACUCCCCUCCUCCACGGUGUUGAUGACUAAGGACCCGUUUGACGACGACUCGGAUUCCGACGAGGAACGAAGAGCGCUCUCCUCCGGGAUGACCACUGUAGGACGUAGCAGCAGCGAAGACCCCGGGACCACAACCAGACGGCAGGCGCCAAUUCGGUUCUCUGCUCGGCGAGGUAUCAUCAGGCCUGCGGGGUCGGAAUUGAGCGAGGUGGGGUCCACGUGCGGGAACGGGGACACGUGUCAAUCCCGACUGAAGGAGUCGGGGUGGGAGACAAAGACGGCGUUCCCGAGCGGGAGCGGCAGGGGGGAAGAUGAGCAUUCGACAGCCGCUGCUGCUGCCGGGGUGCCGCGUCGGCCACGGGUUGGUCGGUCGUGGCAGGAGGAAUGCAACGUGUCGCAGGAGACCGUUAGCAGCUGGCAGAGCGUCGGGAUCGCGAUAAGCGCGAACGAGGGCGGGGGGGAGAAAUGCGGAGGAGGAGGAGGAGGAGGAGGAGGAGGAGGAGGGGGAAUUGAGGAGAGUGUCAGUGAAAGAGGGAGAAACAGAGCACUCUCGCGAGCGGAGAAGGAAUGGGAGGCGCAAGCGCAGCCGAGAGUGGGAGGGGGAGGAGACAGGCUGGGGAGGGGGCCGGAGAUGGACGUGGUGUCGAAGCGGGCGGCAGAAAUCAAACGGCUUGUACAACUGCUUAGACCGGAACAGGAGGAGGAAGUUAUACUGAUGACUUGUCAGAAGCUUCUGGAGAUUUUUCACGACUCUCCUGAGCAGAAAUCCCUUCUCAUGGCCACGCACGGGGUGAUCCCGCUCAUCGAGAUGCUGGACAGUGCUAAUUCCGAUGUGCUGAACGCUAUCCUGCAGGUGGUCAAUCAGAUAGUCAAUGACAAUGGGGAGUUCCAAGAGAGCCUCUGCUUGGUCGGGCUGAUACCGACUGUGAUGCGGUUUGCAGGGAUGGAAUUCCCGCGAGCUGUGCGACUGCAGGCGGCGCGGUUUGUGCGGCAGAUGUGCCACACCAGCAGCCUGACUCUUCAGAUGUUUAUUGCCUGUAGAGGCCUCCCUGUCCUUGUCCAGUUUCUUGAACCGGAUUACGUGGCCUACAGGGAGAUGAUUCACACAGCUGUCGACGGAAUGUGGAGGGUGCUAGAGGUGCAUAGCCCCACCCCUAGGAAUGACUUCUGCAGACUCUUUGUGAAGAGUGGGGUGUUGGAUAAGCUGGUGCAGACAUUGCAGUGUCUGAACGAUAUAGUGAGGUAUGGGGGUGAUGGCGGUGGUAGUGGUGGUUGUGGAGCAGGAGCAGGAGGAGGAGGAGGAGGAGGAGGAGGAGGAGGAGGUGGAGGAGGAGGUGGAAGGGGAAGUAGGAGGGGUGGGGCAUUUGUGGAAGCGGAAGGCGACCGAGGAAGUGAUGCUGCAGCAAUCAGGGCAUCAAGCGUCUACUUCUCGGUCAGGAAAAGCAGUACAGAGUUCAACGAUGUCCCGCUGUUGGUGGAUGACAGUAAGGACAACUAUAGUGGUGUGCCGAUGACCGGAUCGCCACGCAAGUCAAUGGCGGAUGUCGGCGUCUUUGUGGGGACGUCGUCAUCACGCAUGUAUGGUUCUGCCGGUGGGGACUUUGACACUUCAAACCAAUCGGUUUGUGUAUCGUCAUCUCUGAUGUCAGGGCGAUCGGCGAGGGGCGGUAGUAGACUGAGCAAUGGCUUGGAUGUAGGCAGAAGAUCUGGUCCUCCUGUCGAUCUCGAGCUCGCUCGCGAGUACAUGCUCAAGGUAGCAAAUUUGCUACUGGAGUUUUCCCAGGGUGACAGCGUUGUGAAGUCGUAUAUGUGCAGCUUCAGCGCGCUGCAUGCCUUAUUUAAGCUGCUGGACGUGGUCGAGCCCCCGAUACAAGUUAAGCUCUUAAAAUGCAUUCAUGAGCUGACCACCGAUCCCGUCACACUGGAGCACAUCCAGCGUGCAGGUGCCAUCUAUCACCUGGUUCCUUUUGUGCCCAGGAACGCCGAUGGACCGCUUGCAAUGGAAAUCCUGACUGAGGCCUUGUCCUGCCUGGGAAACCUGUGCAAGGUGGACCGGACGAGGCAGGAGCGAGCAGUAAUGUCGGAGAUCAUUCCACACCUGAAGCAUAUGAUUCAGAUGCAUUCCCCGCUCAAGCCGAUCGCGAUGCCCUUGCUGGCCGAUCUGGCGCACACAUCGGGGCAAAACCGCCGUGAGGAAGCGUGGGGCCACGGCUGUCUGGAGGCUUACCUGGACCAUCUGAAGGAGGAGUUGUGGUGCGCUUUGACACGGUUCGAACCGUGGCCAGGUUGCUGUUGCAUAAGUUUCUGGAGACGGUCGCUGGAGUCGUCAUCCGUGCAGGUGGCGUCGCAGAAGGAGCUGCAGUGCCCUCUAUGUCUGGGCGUGACCAGAAGUGGCAGAAGCACUUCCAUCAGGACUGGAAGGGCCAGUAGCGUUGCCGCUACUGAGAGUGGUGCGAGCUUAAGCACCAGAGCACUUCUUGCCGGGGGGAAUGGGGGAAUAUGGGAGAUAAUGGACCGGAGCCAGGAGCAGGCACGUCCAGAUACCAUGUACUUCAGCCACAGGGAGUCCAGAGAUUGGGUUCCACCCCCUGUAGAUGUAACUGCGGAAUGAUCCGCUCGCUCGGGAAGCAGAGAAGGGUGAAUGUUGGGAGGAGGGGAUGGAGAAAGGAGUAUGUGCAGCAGACAUGCGUGCUCGAAAUCCCGUGCAGGCAUGCGUACUCUAGAGCGCGAUUGCCGUCUCCUGGUCUCCUGUUCUGUUCAUAGUAGUCAAAGUAGCAUUUUUUAUUUUUUUUCCAGUCAUUUGCGUCUGCUGCAAAUAGGGCAAGAGCGUGCGUCUUGUCUCCAUCCGUUCCCCUGUCCGCGUAGGAAGAAGAGUGAGAGAGAUUGAGUGCAAUUGCUGGCGAAGGAGGAUAUGUGUUCACAGAGAAUGCAUGAGGUAUGUAUGGGCAGGUCAUGGAGGAGGGGAUUGAUCUGAGGUGGCCGGGGGCGGGCAGAGGGGGGAGACAAGGGGAAGAAAGAGUGAGAGAUCUAUUGUAAAGGCGGUACAGAUCUUUGUUAGCUUAAAAGGUGUAGAUCAGUAUAUAAUUUUGCUUGAUUCGGAAUGUGUUUCGAUCUAAUUAUUAGGGCAUUGAUUGUUGUUGAUGAUGGGAUCAUCUUGUCGAGUCAAUAAAGUAGUUCAUCGAAG